UUUUCUACAGAGGUUCUCAUCUAAAGAAUCUUUGAUUGCUAAAAUCACAACGGCACACUUUUGCAAUUGACCAAGUUAACAGCUUCGGAGAUCCAUUCAACUACAACAACUUUCGAAACCUCUUAUUGAUUAGUCGAUUAGCAUCUUUGCGAUUUUUUGAUUUUAUAUCCCAGCUCUUCGAGCAUACUCUACUACACUCACGAGUUCCAAAUCAUACGCAGAUGUUGAAUCAAUAUGUCAACCUUAUCCAUAUCUCCUCUUGGCGCUCUAAAUCCAAACGAAAUAAACCGAUCAUAUCAAGUAAUUACCGCGCCAUUGCCAAUCCAGAACUCAAAACCUUUGAUCUGGUCCACAGGACUUGAGAGUCCCGAAAAUUAUGGCAAUGGCGUGAAAAAAGCCCACGUACUGAUCGUGGGUGCCGGAAUUUCCGGUUUACGGGCAGCAUCGGUUCUACAACGACAUGGAGUUGGUGUUACAAUCUUGGAAGGCCGGCCGGAUCGCAUCGGUGGUCGAAUCCACACCAGUCGAAAAUCUCCAAACGGGAAGCCUCGAGACAUUGGUAAAUACACCUGACCUAAUAGGCAGAACAAUAUCUUCCGUUGUGGGUGGUUGAGACUUACGGUCUUGACCACACAAUGUGGGUUGUUUAUCCUUUCCCCCGGCAAAAGUGUGCUUACUAUAUAUACAGGUGCUGCAUGGAUGCACGAAACUUCGCAGAAUAAAUUAGUCCAACUAAUCAGAAAACUCGAUAUCGAGUACUAUUAUGAUGACGGUACGCCUUUAUACUUUACCAAGGAAGGAAGAGCGGGAUCACAAUUCAAGGCGAAGAAAGUAGCUGAUGAAUUCGCGGAUUAUUGUGAGCACUACUUUGAAACUCAUCCACAUGCUCCUGAUCGCUCUGUCAAAGAGUUCAUUCAUGACUUCGUAGAGAAUCAUCCUUUGAUCACUAACACUGAACGCAAAUGGGCUCCACAAGCCAUUCGUGAGGUUGAACUUGUAAGAUGUCUCAGUGCUCCAACCCAUGGUUAAAGCUAACCGGAUGAUUUUAGUGGAUCGGUACAUCAAUCGAAGAAGCUUCUUCCAAAUACUUGAGCUACUUCGUAACUGAAAGAAAUUUAUACAUGAAGGGCGGAUAUGAUAAGAUUGUUAAUUGGCUCGCCAAACCACUUCUCAAAGAUCCUGAGACCAUCAAGAUGGGAGAAGUUGUCAAGAAUAUCCAAUGGGGUGACCAGGAUAACUCAGUAGUAGUUGAAACGUUGAAAGGCGACAAAAAAUCUAUUUACAAAGCCGACGCCAUUGUUGUCACUGCACCUCUUGGUUGUUUGAGAAACAAGAUGAUUAACUUCGAGCCUGCUCUUCCUGAAGACAUUCAGGAGGGUAUUGAUAACUUUUCUUAUGGAGCUCUUGGAAAGGUUUUCGUGGAGUUUGACGAGGUGUUCUGGCCAAAGGACAAUGAUCAAUUCAUCUACUACCCUUCUCCUCUUCCAGAGGGUACUCCAGUUGAUGAGUAAGCAUAUCCUUCGCUCUUUAUACCAACUACUCAAACUAAUACCCAAUAGAUCUUCGAUCUUGUCCUAUGCUACUGUAACAUCUAAUUGCUGGAUCAUGUCCGGCACUAAAGAGCUCUGCAUCCAAAUUGCCGAACCUCUUACCCAACGAAUUGAAUCGAUGACCUCAACCAAGGAAAUAUAUGCUUUCUUCGAGCCCCUCUUCAAGCUCAUGCGUACGGAACCGUAUAAGGAUCUUCCAGAUUUACUCAACCUCGAGACCACUCACUGGACCCAGGACCCCCUCGCAGGAUUCGGAUCCUAUUCCGUUGAGAAGACGGGUGACGAAUCCGAACUCCUUAUCGAAGCCCUCGAAAACCACAGUCGAAGUCGCCUCCAAUUCGCUGGUGAACACUGCACCAUUGUCGGAAACGGCUGCGUGCACGGAGCAUUCGAGACCGGAGAGGUUGCUGCUAGAAACCUCCUGGAGACAUUGGGCGUGGUAUAUGAUGGAAAUGAUACCACGGCUCGAAAUGUGUCUCUUUGAGUGUGCGCAUUUCUUGUGCCUAAGAGGUGAGAUGAGAUGAGCUGAUGACUUGAACUUGCUACGUAUCCUUAAAUGGCUUUCGUGAGACUUGUUAGUUUUUGAUUUUUGUGUUUGAUUCAUUUGCUCUUAGUUAUAUCAUUAUCCCUACGGUCAUUACAGUUUCCAUCACUGUUAUAUUUGCUAUUCUUUAUAUCAACUAAGAUAUAGAUAUACCUUGCGAUUCA